GCUACAUUCUCGCCUCAAACAUCUUAAAAGUUUAUUUUCUGGCUCAGAAACAGUUUUUCAAACGUUUAUUUACACUUCUGGCUUUCGUUCGAAAUGCAUUUUGGGAUACUUGGCUGCUCCAAGUGCGCACAAGUCAGAAACCGAUGCAGGAACACACUCGGGUACUUUGAACUGGAACCGUGCUUGGACUUAGACUGAUGAGGUUUCACAAGUACGCAGUGAAAAGCAGAACGGGCCAUCAGUCAUGUUAAGGGGAAUCCUUCGCUUCUGUGAGUUUUGGUUUUAAGACGCGCGUCUGUUUUCUUCUUCUUCUUUGGACUGUUCCCUUUUGGAGGAUCAUCUCGAAGUGCGGCACAAAAAAAUGUCCUCCCAAAUCAGACUGAGGCUGCUGCCGAGUGCCAGGUGUCUGUUUGAUGAGCCUGUGCAGGUGAAGGUGUCCGGGCUGAGGUCAAAGCAGGUGGUCAACAUGAGAGCCAGGUUAACUGAUGAGAAGGGAGAAGUCUUUAGCUCUGCAGCCACAUACAGGGCUGAUGGCAGUGGGGAGGUCGAUCUGAACAGAGACCCCUCACUUGGUGGGAGCUACGUUGGAGUAGAACCCAUGGGCCUGCUGUGGUCCAUGAGGCCACAUACUAUGCACAAAAAGUUUCUAAAGACAAAUUCCCUAAACCCCCAGCUGGUGAAGUUUUCUGUGCAUGAGGAGGAGGGCAGGAUGCUAACAGAGAUGACAAAUGAGAGGCUUCUGAUGAAAGACGGAGUCAGCCGGGUCCCUGUCAAAAAGGGUAACAUUCGUGGAGUCCUGUUUACUCCUCCAGGAGAAGGCCCGUUUCCUGCUGUGUUGGAUGUGGCCACCUUGAGAUCUGAGGCAAGAUCCAGUCUACUGGCUAACAAAGGCUUCGUGGUUUUCUCAGUGGUGGUGUACAAUGAAAAGGGUGAAAAUUUCAAAGAGCUGCAUUUGGAUCCCUACGAGGAAGCAAUGGAGUUCCUAAAACAGCAGCCUAAGGUGGGCAGUAAAGGAGUUGGUGUAAUGGCAAGAUGCAAAGGAGCAAAUAUCGGACUCUCACUUGCUACUUUUGUGCCAGGUGUUGAGGCCGUAGUGUGCAUGAAUGCCUGUAAUGCCAAUAUAAUCAAUCCUCUCUACUACAAGAAACAGCAGAUCCUCUCACCAUUACCAUAUGAUGUACGCAGGUUUAUUCCCACCGAGUCAAAUGAAUUCAUUGUAAAACAUGCCUUUGAAAAUCCGCAUGCAGAGGAGAAUAAGGGCAGCCUGAUCCCCAUUGAACAAUCCAAGAGCUUUUUCCUCUUUGCAGCUGCAGAGGAUGACCUCAACUGGGACAGCAAGGGCUUCAUGGAUGAUAUGGUGGGGAGGCUGAAGAGUCAUGGAAAGGAAAACUUUGAGUGUGUGUCUUGUCCUGGAACUGGACACUUGCUGGAGCCACCUUACAGACCAUACUGCCCCUCUUCUAAACAUGGAGUUUUUGGCGUAACAGUCUUGUGGGGAGGUGAGCCCAAGUCCCAUUCAGCAGCUGAGGUCAACCUGUGGAAGAAGAUCCAGGAGUUCUUCAGAACUCACCUGAGUUGUGAUGCUGCACACACUAAAGCCAGUUUAUAGAUUUGAACAGGAUGAUUGCAAAGCUUGAGUAACUUAAAAAUAAAUCACGACUGUAAAUUCGUAUCCAUAAAAAAAUAUCACGUUUUGUAAUCACCCCCUACCCCCAAACCCUGAAUUGGAUAAGUGAAAGAAUAUGAAUGGCAUUUUUAAUAUGACAAUUUGCUGAAAGUUUAUAAUUUUCACUUGUCUUCCCGCCUGCAUCUUCUGAUUGCCUGUCUGUUUCUUUGUGUGUGUGUGUUUCACAUCUCUCUGCACUCUUAAAAUGAGUUGAAUAGAACCUCAGAUGAACAACACAUGAUUUAUUGCACUGUCGUUAUUUAAUUAAGCACUGUAAAAAAACAAAGUUCACCUUUGCUGCUUCC